CGACCGCUCCGACUCCGACCAGAGCGACUCCAACCCCUUCCGCUGCGGCAGCGACAGCGACGACGAACCAUGGCUCUGCCGCAAGAAGAAAGUGUCCAAGAAGAAGAAGGCGCCUCCCAAGAAGAAGGCUUCGUCCACGCAGGACAAGAUAGAGACCAUGCUGGAGCGUAAGAGCACGACUGCUCCCAGCACAGUGACGGUUGCUACGCCUGGUGGACGCACGCUCACCGGCACGCCUGUGGGCACCAACGGGCUCUACUUGGGCCCGGCCCGCAGUCAGCCACCGCCGCGUUCGGCCAUCGAGCGGGCUUGCAGCAUGAAGGAGGAGUUGCUGGCCGCCAUCGAGCGCCUGGGCCGCCGCCUGCCGCCCAACACGCUAGACCAGCUCGUCGACGAGCUGGGCGGCACCGACAACGUGGCCGAGAUGACAGGUCGCAAAGGCCGCGUGGUGCAGACGGAAGACGGCCAGAUUCUCUACGAAAGCCGCUCGGAAGCGGACGUGCCGCUCGAGACCUUGAACCUGACGGAGAAGCAGCGCUUCAUGGACGGAGAGAAGGACGUGGCCAUUAUCUCUGAAGCCGCUUCCAGCGGUAUUUCGCUGCAGAGUGAUAGACGUGCAAGAAAUCAAAGGCGAAGAGUACACAUCACAUUAGAGUUACCCUGGUCAGCUGACAGAGCUAUACAGCAGUUCGGUCGUACUCACCGGUCGAACCAGGUCAACGCGCCGGAGUACAUAUUCCUGAUCUCCGACCUGGCCGGCGAGCGGCGCUUCGCCUGCACCGUGGCCAAGCGCCUCGAAUCGCUCGGCGCGCUCACGCACGGCGACCGCCGCGCCACCGAGACCAGGGACCUCAGCCAGUUCAACAUCGACAAUAAAUACGGUCGCACAGCGCUAGAAGCAGUAAUGAAAGCGAUCAUGAAGUACGAGACACCACUCGUGCCGCCGCCGCGCGACUACCGCGGCGACUUCUUCCAGGACGUGGCGUCGGCGCUGGUCGGCGUCGGGCUCAUCGUCAACAGCGAGGCCGCGCCCGGCGUGCUGCAGCUCGACAAGGACUACAACAACAUGUCGAAGUUCCUGAACAGGAUACUGGGAAUGCCGGUGGACCUGCAGAACAGGCUGUUCAAAUAUUUCACGGACACGCUCACCACGGUUAUGGAGCAAGCCAAGCGCAACGGUCGCUUCGACCUGGGUAUCCUGGACCUCGGCAGCGCGGGCGAGAGCGUGCGCCGCGCGCGCUGCGUGCGCUUCCUGCGCCGCCACGCCACCGGCCAGGCGCCCGUCGAGCUCCACACCGUGCACUCCGAGCGCGGCAUGGACUGGACAGAGGCCCUGGAGAAGUGGUCGGAAGCGGGCAGCCCCAAGGAAGGCUUCUACCUGUCCCAGCACGCGCGGAACAACAAGCACACGUGCGUGCUGUGCCUGGCCGCGCCCUCGCACAAGAAGGAGAAGCUCAGCAAGCGCGAGCUCAUGUUCCACAUAUACAGGCCAAACACAGGGUUGCAGCUGCGGCAAGAGUCGCUGGCUGAGAUCGAGAAGAAGUACAAGAAGGUCGAAAGCGACGAGGCCGAGAGCUCGUGGCGCGCGCAGUACGCCGCGUCGCUGCGCGUCUGCAGCCACGCCUACUGGCGCGGCGUGUGCCGCAACGCCGCCGACUGCGAGGUGGGGCUCCGGCAGCGCACGUACCACGUGCUGGCGGGCUCGGUGCUGGCGGUGUGGGCGCGCGUCGAGAGCGUGCUGGCCGCGCGCAGCCAGCUCAACAAGAUGCAGGUCGUGCGCAUCAAGACCGCGCAGGGACUCAGGAUCGUGGGUACACUCAUCCCAAAGAACUGUGUGGAGCCGCUGAAAGAAGCUCUCUCCUCCGACGCGGUGUCGGUCACCGAGCAGAAGUUCGAAACGGACGCGCUGAAGUGAACUUUCCGGCGUCCGCACUAAGCACACUUUGGCGCGGCCCGCUCAGUUCCUUUCGUUCGCACCAGUAUAAGCUGAUCGGUCGAGCCGGGCUAGGGUAUUAGUUUAAGUUUUCGGCCGCCAUCUUUGAAGAAAUUGAGGUAAGAGACGGUUAUUUCAAACUGUUAUACGACCAGCUAAUCGCUGGAUGAUGUACAUUUUUUUUAAACUUGACUUCAUGUCUUUUAGUUCAGUCUACUAAAAUCUCUCGUUGCUUUUCGAUCUUAAAACAAUUCAAUAAGCUUCAAAUUCGCUUCAAUUUUGGUGGCGACUAAAUUCCCACUACCCACUGGGUAAGCCGGCUCCCUGAUUCAGCCCAAAGAGUUUGAGCCAGUAUUUGGUGUAGAAUGAGGCAGUUGACGGCAGUCAAUUAGGCACGACUGAUAAGGAUAGAGGUGAAGCGGAUAUAGAAUAGUUUUGUACUUGAUGGCUCACGCGUGUGUAGGCCGGCCGCUGGUUUGAGCGUUUUCCCGCCGCGUUUAUUUACUUAGAUCGUUUGUUAACAUAACAUAAUGUUCUUAUAAUGCGAUUAACUUCGCUGGUUCCUGCCCAAAGCAGCGGACGGCCUAUUAGAACUGGUCAGAUAUAUAAUUAUACAGUUUUUCACUCUCCAAAUACUGUAAGAUGUUACAGAAAGUUUUAUAUUAUUAUAUGUAAUUCAAAAAAUAUAUCUACGUAGAGUAGAAACGAAAUCCUAUUAGCCUAUAUCUGCAUGCGUAGAAUAAGGUAAACUAAAUCUGUUUGUCUGUAAAUAUUUUGGCUAUCCUACACGUAAGGAAUUUAUAACACAUGUAACAGGGAUAAGUUAAGGUUAAAGCUGUAUUUACAAUGCUACGGGGCAAUGUGAAUAUAUCUUUAGUGCGUUGACAGUGAAUUCGCACGGGAAAUGGCGAGCUAUAGAUUUAUUUUUGGCAAGAGGGUAGCAGAAAAAAGAAAACAUUAAUAACUCAAGGUUUCUUAAUAAAAAAAAAAGAGUUCGAUAUUUAUUUAGUCGGAAGACUUGAAUAGAAAUGUAGGCACAUCCAGCAGAAAAACUAGAUCACCAAUAAAUUAAAAUACUCUUUAUUGUGAGGUGCCAAAAUGCUAUUUUUCCAAUGUCUUCUGACUGAGUGAUUUAUCGGACUUCGAUGGGCCCGUUUCAUUGUCUACGGUCUUGUAUUCUCUAUUGCCAGAAACAACAACAUCGCGCUUAGGUUUGAGGACCAUCCAUAGACAUCGUGCUUGGUAGAUACGCUCUAGCUAGCCCUAAAAUAAUAAUGAUAACAUAAUUCAUUCAAAACAUA